AUGCAAGUGCCACUGGAAUCACCUCGAAAUGUCCGGUUCAACUCGAUGAGCAUGACAUACUCGGUGCCGCCCUCGCCAAACACCUCAUCGCCACCCUCACCCAUCCUGCGUCAUCAUCAAAGCCUGUCAAUACAUCCGACCAACAUUAACAUCAACACGCCCUCACCCAUCACUUCAUCAACAUCACCAUCAUCUGUAACAUUAAAAUCGUCCAACAACAGUGUAACACCGCCAUACAUCGUCGGCAACUCGAGCCCACUCGAGGGCAGCUCGCCGUCACAGACGCCACCCCUGUCGGCACAGGACCAGAUGCCAUCGUCGGCCUACUAUCCCAACCCGCAUCACAUAUCCAUCUCGAUCUUGGACAAGGAGUCUCGCCUGAGCACUGGCUCCGACAGCUUCAAUGCGUUCCCAGGCGAGCUCACCUCUAGCGGGUACAUCAACAAGCGAUCCAGUCUGUUCCUCAGCGUCCCACCCACGGCCACUGAGGGCGGCGUGGACAAGACUUCGACCAAGAAGGAACCAGAGAUUCCACUGUAUGAGCGCAUAAUGAUGCGCCUGUCUACGCUGGUCGAGUCGUGGCCAUGGCUCGUGCUCAUGGUGCUGUCCAUCCUCUUUAUUAUAUUCAUCGACGACGCUAUUGGUGCGGCGGGCUCGCUACGCACCGACGCACUUGACUACACAGUCCUGGCGCUGCGCAUAAUCAUCCUAAUCUUCUUCACAUUCGAUGUGGUGGCCAGCAUCAUCGUCUAUGGCAGCCACUACUACAGCUCGCUACCGCUACUCUUCUUGGACAUUGUGUCGAUACUCUCGAUCCUGCCCAGCAUCGUGUGCUUCUUCCUGGAGGAGCCACUGCCGUGGAAGCUACAGGUGUUGGUCAUUGGCCAGUACGGCCGUAUCAUCCGUUUGUGCGGAUCCUUCAUUCGCGUCUCCCUGAUAUCCACGCUCCACAGACGACUGUGGCGCAAUCGCAGGACAAGCAGCCAGGACAACCUCCAGGUGGAGGCCAGUAAACUGGGCGACAAGCUGAUGUUGGUCACUUUGAACAAGAUAGUGCUGCUAGUGCUUCUGGUGUACUUUGCCACGCAGCUGUUGACCUAUCAUCCAACUGGAAACAAGGCCAUCGAGACCAAUCUUGCGAACCUACAAUAUCAACAGAUGAACCUGGAACCAUACCAAUUUGCAGCGUCCGUACAGAACAUAUUGGCAACCAACAGCGAGAUCCUAAAGUUGGUCAUCUCAGGCCAAACAUGGUUGAACAACAAGUCAGCAAUCAACCAUCUACAAUAUGGCGCAGUCCUAGAGUACACCUAUCAAUCAACAUCAAUGAUCCUGGACAACUCGGAUGCCAUCAGAUCAUCCAGCAUAUACCAUCUGUGUCUGACAAUCUUUGUCAUUGUAAUACUAAUUAUAGUCAACUUGAUGAUCAUGCGCGACAGUUACAAUCUGAUCAUUUAUCCAUUGGAGAAUGUGAUGGCAAUCGUCAAGACUCUGUCCAAACAGAAUGCUGCCAUACUAAAGAAGUCAGAGUCAUUGGAGAAUGCCACGGUUGCUGUCAAGGAGCCACAUGGCAAUAAGAAUCAUCACUCUGGACUGGACGAUGGGUCAGAUGAAACUGGAUUCCUCAUUGGUAUGCUUAGCGAGAUUGAUGGCUCACUUCAAGCGGCUAAAGAGAAGGUCGAAGAGGAGUCCAACCAGAACUCCAAGCUCAAGAGCGAGAUUGAGGACCUGAACGCCGAGAAGUAUAUACUUCAGAUUCACUUGGAUUCUGUUCUGCGAAGGAUAGAGUUUGAGGACACUGUUGGAAAGCUGUUGAAGAAGAAUAUGGACUUGCUGGCGAUCAAUGCCAAGCCAUUACCAGAUGGAGUCAAUGGAGAUGAUAUCAAGUUCAAGACAGAGGACAACAAUCCAGACAAGUUCAUUGUUUUGGCUGGCUCGUUGGACAAGCUGAUCGAUCGCCUGACCAUCAUCAACAACCAUGACAUGAAGUUUGCCAACGUCCUACUCAUGACCUAUAGACGAUUCAUCUCGCCUGUCGAGCUGAUGGAGCGUCUGAUCAUUCGCUUCUGUGUCACACCCGCGCUGGCACUGUCGCCCACCUUUUUGCAGAUGGACGAGUACGUCUCGGACUGGCGCAGGACCAAGCAGGAGCAGUCGCGUCUCAGCGUGUUCAACGUUAUCAAGCUGUGGAUUGGCAAGUUCUACUGGGACUUCAACGAUCCCAAGAUGAUUGAGUUGCUUAACUUUUUACUCAAGACCAUCAUGCCCUCGUUCAAAAUGGAUCGCUAUGCUUCGCACCUCGAGACAGUGUUCCGUCGCAAGCAAGACGGCUACGUGCCACUUCGCGAGUACAUCCCACCACCCAUGCUCACACAGGAGGAGGUGGCCCAGAUGAUGGUCGUGGACGACCGCGUGCUCUUCAACUUUGACAUCAACGACAUUGCCAUCCAGAUCACGCUCAUUGAGUUUGAGCAGUUCAAAUGCAUCCGCCCACACGAGCUGCUGGACCUGGCGUGGACAAAGGCAAAGACCAAGUACAAGACAUCGCCCAGCAUCUGCCGCUUCACCGAGCACUUUAACAACUUUAGCUUCUGGAUCCAGAUGCAGGUGGUCAAGCACGGCAAGGUCAAGGAGCGUGUGUCUGCACUCAAGCGCAUCAUCGCGUUGGGCGAGUGCUUUGUCAAUCUGAACAACUUCUAUGGCGCGAUGGGCGUGCUGGCAUCGCUCGAGUCGGCAGCCGUCUCACGUCUCCAGAAGACAUGGGAUCAGCUGCCCGAGGCCUCAGUCGAAUCAUACCGCGCACUCCAGGCAUUGCUGUCGCCCAAUGGCAGCUACAAAGUGUACAGAGAGCGUCUGAACCAGACGUCAUCGGCGUGCAUCCCAUACCUGGGCGUCUAUCUCACCGACAUUACAUUCAUCUACGAGGGCAACCCCGACCACAAGGACGGUCUGAUCAACUUCACCAAGUUGCGCGAGAUCACCACGACCAUCCUGUCCAUCCUCCAGUUCCAAAACACGCUGGAGUACUACUAUGAGCCCAACGAGAAGAUCCGCUCGCAGCUGGACUUGCGCGCACCCAACUCAGACACCAUCUACAAGAUGAGUCUGACAGCAGAGCCAAGGAGAGCUUAA